CGAUUUCAAUUCCCUCCUCUAGCGCCCCAUCUCUUCCUCGAUCAGUCGGGCUGCCCCCCACGCUCGACAAACAAGAGGAUUCGCUCAAUUACCCGUCUCUUCAGAUAAUGCCCUCGAUAACGUCGUGACGGAGAUUUGCUGCAGUCGCGCCAAUGCGCCCGGGCGCGUUGCGUGGAUGAGUGGCGUUCAACUAUAGACCGCCGCCUACCUACCUACCUAUACAUACCGUCUGUUCACCUUCGUCACUCAAAAUGAACAACAACCCGCCGUCUCCCGAUCACACACAACCCCCUUCAGGGCGUCCUCCACAGUCAAUACCUUUGAGGAAUCUCCAAAGGCCCCCCGACGAACCGAGCCCGAGUCGUGAGGGUCAAUCUGGGGGAGGACAGCCCGCUGUCGCAUCGUCGUCGCAUUACCAACAGCAUGAUGGGAGUGUGGAACGUGGGAGGGCCCCAGCGGCCACACCACAGAUGGCUGCCAAUCUUCCUGGCAUUUCCACGUACUGGGACCACCCGUACACGCCCUACGAGGAUUCUGGAGGUGUUAGUCCCGAGUCCCCGAUCGAUCACGUAGCGUUGCAGUUCGCUCUCCCGCCCGACAUACGACAACACCACCUCCCCGGAAACACGGCGGCAAUGCCUUCCUCGAGCACUCCGUACGGACCAACGACACCGUACUACGAGGAGGUUCCCGACACCGACUCGUUCGACUCUGAUCGCGUGCCACUCAAGCCGGCCGCCCAGCCCAUGAGUGGACUGGAGCCGCCUGACGAAGCACAGCGUCGCGACAGCUUCCAGACGGUUUCCGAUCUGGGCAAUAGUCCGUCCCGGUCCCGCAACACCCAGAUGCUUGGCUUCGACUUGGAGCCCGGCUUUGGAUCGAGCCGUCACCGAAGCUUCGGGAUGUCGCUGAGUCCCGAGGGUCGCACGAGGUCCCGCUCCCCCUCGGCCACCGGCGCGUUAUCUCGAGCAGGGUCGAUUAUGCGAGCCAUGUCCCAACGUGUGGUCAUGAUUAGCGGCGAGGGGGAGGCCAUCGACCAGCAAGCCCGCCGAGGACGGUCUCGCCCGCCCAGCGCCGAGGGCCUGCGUCACCAUCACGUCUCUGCCCCCAUGCUGGAAGAAACGGCCUAUCCCUCUCAGACAUUCCAGGGUACCCCGACGGAAAAGAAGGGGGAGCCCGAGUAUGUGAUUCCCAUGGGGCCUCCCCCGCCGUUUACCCAUUCUCGCAUGACUCGCCCCAACCCCCUGAAGGGGAACUCGCUUGGCAUAUUCUCGCCCGAGAAUCCGCUGAGGAAGUGGCUUUGUGAUGUGCUGGUCAAUACGUGGACCGAACCAUUCAUCCUCGUCUUGAUCAUAUUGCAGGCCGUCUUGCUAGCAAUAGAGGCUUCCCCAAACGUGUUCCGCGAGGGCAACGGGCGCCCCGAUCGAUGGGGUAGUACUCGUAUCGACUGGGCUGUCUUUGGGCUUUUUGUCGUCUUCACCAUGGAACUCAUUGCCAGGAUUAUCGUUUCCGGAUUCGUUGUCAACGCUCCGGAAUACGUCGCUGCAGACCACCAGCGAAGCAUGCGCCAAAAGGUGGCCGACCAGUAUAGGCAGAUAUUCAAGCCCCAGCGGCAGAAGUCGGUCAAGGGACAACGGCAGGAUGAUGACUUCGCCCCGACCUUCGCGAGGUCCCUCACCAUUAUGCAGGGCCAGGGGGCCACCGGAUCGGUCAAGGAGCAGCAACGGCUUCAGCUAGCCCGACGAGCCUUCUUGCGCCAUGGCUUCAAUCGCCUGGAUUUCGUGGCCGUCGUCUCAUUCUGGAUAUCUUUCGUCCUUGGCGUCACCGGUCUGGAGAAGCAGCACCAUUUGUUUCUCUUUCGCAUGCUCAGCUGCCUGCGUAUUCUGAGGUUGCUUGCCCUUACCAAAGGCAACGCUAUUAUCCUUCGAAGUCUCAAGAAGGCAGCCCCCCUCCUGGUCCGGGUCUCGUUCCUCAUCGGCUUCUUCUGGCUUGUGUUUUCCAUCAUAGGCGUCCAGAGCUUCAAAUCCAGUCUCGGUCGGCAGUGCCUCUGGCUCGAUCCCGAAGACCCAGAUAACAUCGAGGCAGGAUACAGCCCCGAUAUGUCAUUCUGCGGUGGCUACCUCGAUAAUGCCACCGGUCAGGAACUCCCGUGGGUUUACCCCGAGAUUCCCGGGACUCUCAUCAACCUCCGGAACGGCACAAACAGCGCCAAGGGGUUCCUCUGUCCUCGGGGUUCGGUCUGCCUCCAAAUGGGCAACCCCUAUAAUGGCACGGUGCAUUUCGAUAAUAUUGUGCAUUCGCUCGAGCUGGUCUUCGUGAUAAUGAGCGCCAACACCUUUUCUGAUCUGAUGUACUACACCACGGAUUCCGACUACUUGCCGGCUGCGCUCUUCUUCGGCGCGGGCAUCAUGAUAAUGAUGCUUUGGAUGACGAACUUGUUGAUUGCCGUCAUCACGUCCUCGUUCCAGGUCAUCAGAGAAGAAAGCAAAGCCAGCGCUUUCGCCGUUGACGAAGAGCCGGCGAUGCCACAUCGUGCUGCUGAAGACAGCCUGAGGAGACAGUCGGCCUUGCAGAAGAUGUACAACAAAACGUCGCACUUUUGGGUUCUCGUCGUCGCCUUCGGCCUUCUCUCCCAGGCCCUCAGGAGCGCUACUAUGCCCGUGUCACGAGAACGAUUCAUUAACACGACAGAAAUAGUUGUCACAAUCGCGCUCGAUGUCGAGAUCAUCAUCCGCGUGGUGGCCGACUUCCGGGGCUUUCACCGCAAAAUGACGAACCUGGUGGAUCUCGGGCUUGCAGUCAUAACGUCCAUCAUCUUGAUCCCGCCGAUACGAAACUCGGGCGAGGCGUAUGCCUGGCUCACCGUCUUCCAACUGUUUAGGUCGUAUCGCAUCGUCCUUGCUAUAACCAUAACACGGAAGCUGAUCCAGCUCGUCCUCGGUAACGUAAGCGGUAUCGGCAACUUGAUGCUCUUCGUCUUCCUCAUAACCUUCCUCAUGGCCAUUUUCGCGGCACAGCUCUUUCGAGGCGAAAUCCCGGAACAGGACGAGGGUGGCGAUGAGACCGAGAUCUCAUUCAAUACCAUCUUCAAUUCUUUCCUCGGCAUGUACCAGAUUCUUACAAGUGAAAAUUGGACCGACAUCCUCUAUAACGUCACCGCACACACCACAUCGUUGCAAACCGCAUGGUACGGUGCCAUGUUUCUGAUCGGCUGGUUCAUUCUGUCCUUCUUCAUUCUGGUAAACAUGUUCAUUGCUGUCAUCCAGGAGAAUUUUGAUGUUAGCGAGGACAUGAAACGCCUCGAACAGGUCAGGGCUUUCCUCCAGAGGAAAGAGUUGGGCGGCAUGUCCAGCAACUUGGCGCUCUCCAAAGUAUUUGGCUUCGGGAAGACCAAGAAGCGGAAAGAUCCGCUCGAUUACGGCCCAGCCGCCAUGGAGAUGCUGCUCAAAGAGGCCGUUGUGAGGGAGUUUCUCGACGAGUCGAUCGACCCUCUCCAAGAAUCGCCGGAUGAGAGCCAGACCCCACCACAGCCUGGAAGCCAGUCCCCCGGGGGGGACGGGGGGAAGGGAAGUCCUGGGGGCAGCGUCGAGCCAGGGCUGCUCUCCACCGUGUGGGGCAGGAUCGUCUCCGUCUUCCGCAGCCGCGACCCCAACCCUUUUUACUCGAAAUUCCGCUUCGACGGACCGAACGACACCCUUGAUCCCAGGCAGAUGGCCCGUCAGGCCGUCACGGCAACCUCAGCUCGCCGAAGGGCACAGAGAGAAUAUCUGACACGUCACCCGAACUACAACAAAGCGCUGUUUAUCUUGGGCCCCAAGAACCCGCUCCGGCGUCUUUGCCAGCGACUGGUGGGUCCGGGGCGCGGGAGCGAGCGCUUCGAUGGCGUCGUGCCCAACAAAUACGCGUGGUACACGUUCUCGGCCAUAAUCUACGCCGCAAUCGUGGCCAUGGUUGUCCUUGCCUGUGUGACCACGCCGCUGUACCAGAGGGAGUACUUCAUGGUGCACGAAUUCAGCAUCCUGAACUGGUUCGUCUGGACCGAUAUGGCAUUUGCCAUAGUCUUCACGGCCGAGGCGCUGAUUAAGAUCAUCGCCGAUGGCUUCUUCUGGACGCCCAAUGCGUACUUCCGCAGCUCAUGGGGCAUCAUCGACGGGGUCGUGCUGAUCACUCUCUGGAUCAACGUCAUCACCCUCUUCACUAAUGACGGGGCCGUCUCCCGAGCCGUCGGGGCGUUCAAGGCCCUGAGAGCGCUCCGUCUACUCAACGUCAGCGACAGCGCGAGGCGGACCUUCCACUCGCUCAUCAUCGUUGCCGGAUGGAAGAUUCUCAGUGCCGCCUUCGUCUCCAUCUCCCUCCUUAUCCCCUUCGCCAUCUACGGGGUCAACCUGUUUAGCGCAAGGAUGGUGUCUUGCAACGACGGGGACGGCAUCCGGGAGCUGGUCGACUGCUUCGGCGAGUAUAACAAUACCCCCUUCCGCAGCGAUUGGGAGCUCUUGUCUCCGAGGGUCGCGUCGAACCCCUUCUUCAACUUUGACGACUUUGGCUCGUCAGCCUUCAUCCUCUACCAGAUUGUCAGCCAGGAGGGCUGGGUUGACGUCUCUUUUGCCGCUCAGGCCAUCACUGGUCGGGGUCUGCAGCCCGAGUUUGGGGCCUCACAAGGAAACGCCGUCUUCUUCGUCGCGUUCAACUUGCUGGCAACUGUCUUCGUUCUCACGCUGUUCAUCUCCGUCUUCAUGAGGACUUACACGGAACAGACCGGCGUCGCAUACCUGACUGCGGAGCAGAGAUCGUGGCUUGAGCUUAGGAAGCUUCUCCGGCAGAUCACGCCAUCCAAAAGCUCGUAUGACGACUCGACGAACAGGUGGAAGAAGUGGUGCCACAAGCGUGCCAUCGAGAAGAGAGGCAAGUGGUAUCUCGCCAUUACCUGUGUGCUGGGCUUGCACCUCGUUGUCCUCCUCUGCGAAUUCUACCCGGAACCUGUGUGGUGGACCAGGACGCGGGAUAUUGCGUUCCUCGUAUUCACCCUGAUAUACAUCGCGAACAUCAUCGUCCGCAUAUUUGGUCUCGGCUGGAGCCGGUUCCGCAGAAGCUCUUGGGACGUGUUCUCGCUGGUUGCGGUGACGGGAGCGUUUGCGACCUCCAUCCUCUUCCUCACUAACACCGCUCUGGACACCUACAUCCAGCUGCACAAGUUCUUUCUCGUGGCGAUCGUGCUACUACUCAUCCCGCGGAACGACGCACUAGAUCAGCUCUUCAAGACGGCGGCUGCCAGUCUGACGACCAUCGGGAACCUCGUGGCCACCUGGCUUGUCUUCUUCCUGGUCUUUGCCAUCGCGCUCACGCAGACGUUCAGUCUGACGCGCUUCGGAGAAGAAGAGAGCAGCAACAUCAACCUGCGCAACGUGCCCAAGGCCCUGAUCCUGCUCUUCCGCAUAAGUUGCGGCGAAGGUUGGAACGAAGUGAUGGAAGACUACGCCCAGGUUGUACCGCCCCUGUGUGUGGAGAGCCCCGUCUUCUUCAAUAGCGACUGCGGAAGCACGACAUGGGCUCGCGUGCUCUUCAUCGCGUGGAACAUCAUCAGCAUGUACAUCUUCGUCAAUCUGUUCGUGUCGCUCAUCUACGAGAGCUUCUCGUACGUGUACCAGCGUACCAGCGGGCUGGCGAUCGUGGACCGCGACGAGAUCCGGCGAUUCAAGGAAGCAUGGCGCAGCGUCGACCCGAACGGCACAGGCCACAUCACCAAAGAGGUCUUCCCACGCCUGCUGGGCGAACUGUCUGGCAUCUUCGAGAUGCGCAUCUACGAUGCGGAGGACUCGGUGCGACAAAUCCUAGACGACGUCCGGAGCGAUGUUCCGACCACCAGGCACACGUCCAUGGCCAGCGCCAGCCAGUUCCAGACCGGCGUGGACAUCGAGAAACUCAACAGGCGGCUCAACCAGAUCGAUGUGGCGAAGGUGCGGGAACGCAGGCGGCGGUUCAACAUCUUCUACCAGGAAGUCAUGGUGAUGGCCGAUCCAGACAAGGGCAUCUCGUUUAACACGGUGCUCAUGAUUCUGGCGCACUACAACAUCAUCAAUGACAGCAAGAGUUUAGGGCUAGAAGAAUUCCUCCGUCGCCGAGCCCGGCUUCAGCGAGUCGAUGACCAAAUAAGCCGAUCAGUCGUGCAGGGCUUCUUCGACACCCUAUACUGGUCGCGCAAGUUCAAGAAGCACAUGGAGAGGAAGCGCGCGGCGCGCAUGGCGGACAUACCGCAGCUCGGCGUGCCCGAGAUCCUCGUGGACGACGAGGAGGACCGCACGGCAGCGGCCAGGAGCGCGAACAGGAAGACGACCUCGGGCGCCGGCUCCCCCGGCGCCAUGCUCUCGCCCGACGGCACGCAGCACCGCUCGUGGACCGGGGUCGGCGCCGACCUGUCGGCCUUUGACACGGCGUUUGGGCACCCGCUCGGCAGCCCGCGGUCUCCGGGCGGCCAGGCGGGGUCCCGGCCCGGCUCGUUCGGGUUCGAGCUGCAGGAGCCGAGCGACGCGGGCGGGAGCUCGACGAGGAGCAGCCGGAGGGGCAGCGGCGUCAACGCGGAGCACGUCAGGGAGAUGCUGGACGACUCGGCGUGGAUGGACAGCAUACGGAGGAGCGCGACCGUCAGGCGGAGCGCUGGGCAGGGGGGGUGGCAUUGAGGGAUAACUACUUGUGCGACGACAGAUGACUGACUGAUUGACCGACACAGUUGCGGCCGGGAUUUUACAUGGAGGCAUGGCGUUUUUUACUUUUUUUUCUUGGAUUUUCUAAACCACUUUUUUUUUUCCGUCCCACCUUUUUCCCCCUUUAGUCA